UUUUUAGGAAUCGAUUCUUUUUAGUUUCGACGCCCAUGCCUACUGGUUGCAAUUCAACUUGGAAAAGGAGAGGUUAACGGAGCCAGCUGUCGAGUUGAGGGUUAACCCAGUUAAACAACAAUGGCUUCUGUGUGGGAUGAUCUGAGCCUUCUUCUGGAUUCCCCAGACUCAUUAACAGUUACUUCUAGUGCCAGAGGCACUGUUAAGGAAAAGCCAGGUUUCAAUCCAUCUGAAGAUGUUGCUGCUUUAAGGAAGGCUAUAGAAGGCCUAGGAACCAAUGAGAAAUCCCUGAUUGACAUUCUCACUCAGAGAAGCAAUGCCCAGCGCCAGCUGAUCUGCAAAGCUUACCAUCAAGCAACUGGAAGGACUCUCGCUGAUGACCUGAAAGGUGACACUCGUGGAGACUUCGAGGAUAUCCUGUUGGCCCUGAUCAUGACCCCAGCUCAGUUUGACUGCAGGGAAUUUAUACGAGCGAUUAAAGGAGCUGGAACAACAGACAGCACUUUGAUAGAGAUAUUUGCAUCCCGAUCUAACUUUCAAAUCAAAGCUCUGUCUGAUGCAUAUUUGGCAGAAACUGGGAGAUUGCUACUUCACGACCUGAAGUCUGAGGUGUCAGGGGAUUAUGGGAAAGCUCUGCUUAUCCUAGCUGAGGGCAAGAGGGAUGAGAGUACCACGGUGGAUGCUGCGAAAGCUAAAGCAGAUGCCAAGGUCCUGUAUGAGGCUGGAGAGAAGAGGUGGGGGACAGAUGAGAGCAAGUUCAUAGAUAUCCUAUGCCGCAGGAGUGUUCCUCAGCUCAGACAGACUCUGGUUGAAUACAAGAAUCUGACUGGGAAGACCCUACAGCAGAGCAUCGAGAGUGAGAUGUCUGGAAAUUUAGAGAACAUUCUGGUAGCCAUAGUGAAAUGUGUGAAGAGUGUACCAGCUUAUCUGGCAGAGCGCCUCAAUGAGAGUAUGAAGGGCCUGGGAACCACUGAAUCAAUUAUGACCAGGAUUAUGGUCAGCCGGUCUGAAAUUGACCUGCUGGACAUCAGGGCGGAGUAUAAAAAACUUUAUGGCUGCUCGUUAUAUUCUGCAAUUGCGUCGGACGUAGGCGGCGACUUUGGCCAGUGUUUGAAGAGGAUUUGUGGAGGGGAUGACUGAGUGGGAGGGGAUGAAGAUUAGCUCCACACACCAAGGAGUCUUGACCCAUGACUAAAUGUUUUUUGGAUCUUAAUCACUGAAAGUUAAACACCUCCUACAUGAGCUUAUAUUACAGUACUGAUUUAUGUGAUAUUCUUAUUUAGUAACUGUGGUUCUAAAGGCUUUAAUUUACAUUUUAGAUUUCACCCUGAAGUCACCAAGUGCCUGCGGCUUUGCUUACAUGCACCUAAAUAAUUCUUUGCUAGUCUUUGUCCAUGAAGUAUGUGCUGUAGGGAGAAUCUUAUUCACAAAAAAAACUACAUGCCUAAUGAUUUGGUCCAAUGUCUGAGUCAUUCAAGGUGGUUUGACGUGAAAUGAUUAAUUGUUUCUGACUCAGAUGUCUUCACAGUAAUGGUGAUGGGAACCAGAGGUCAUUACACGAUGAAUAUCUUUGUGGCUGACUCUGAUUCAUUUACAGUUCUUUUGAUGCUGUUUAUGAAUGGGCACUGACCCUGACAAAAUUAUUUUUCUUUUUUUUUUCUUUUUGUAUAUGCUGUUCAAAAUGGCCAGUGAAUCUGCAUGUGUCAAUGUUAAUGGUAAAAUCAUGCUAAACGAUGUGUAAGAUUUUGCCUUGCAGCACACUGCAUGUACUCCUCCACCGUGCAUGAAAAAUAUACGUUUUAGGCCAAAAACUAUCGUAAAACAAGGUUUUGGGCAUCAGGCUGCACAUUUGUAAUCAUUCAAAAAAAGACUUUUGGUAAUGUUGCUUUUAGAGACAUUUUUUUACACGUUUUUCUAAAAUGACACAUUUCGUAUCAAACCGCUCUGAAUAACCUUUAACAAGUAAAUAUGCUCACCAUACGGAAAAAGAGAAAGCAUGGAAGGCCAGAGAACACAUAUCCUGUUUCUUCUUUGCUAUAUUAAAGGCCCAUGACAGAUGCAGCAUUUGUGCAACUUACAGUUGUUACAGAUGUUUUGUUUGUUUGUGUGUUUUUUUUAAAGAUUGGACCUGUACUUUAUCUCUGGCUGGAGUACAUUCUUAACCCCUAUCUAAUCUAUGCUGAGAUCUGUUUUACUCUCUGCUUGACUUCUGCUGUCUUGGUUGCCAAAGUAACGUUUAGCUUUCAGCAAGAUAACUUCAGCGCUCUCAGUCAGAGCCUUAUUUAAACUUUGACUGCUGCUUUUCUCUGCUGUUUGACUGGAACCUUUCUAAUUGAAUCUAUGAAUAUGAAUGCAUCGUUCAGUUUACUACAGUGGGCAUUUCUGGAAAACACUUUCACAUAGGUGGAGCUUAAAACGAAUUAUACAGAGCAGUAAUCAAGAACCUUCACAUAUUUGCUUAAUACUUCAAAGGCGAAACGUAAUAUGAAACAAGCGUGUAUUGAAUUUCACUAAAUUAUUAUAAAAGCAUACAAAUAUUUGUGACUUAUUUAAAGCACUUUGAAUGACAGCAGUGUAUGAAAGGUGCUAUAUAAAUAAAUCUGCCCUGCCUGGCCUUAUUAGUCAUAUCAAAACACUUUGCUUCAGUCCAAGUAAAAACGUCACCUCUCCUCCACUCUGAGAUGUCAGUGAACUAUUGGCGAACCCUGUGGAGCAGAUGAUAAAGCCUGAGCAAAGACUCAACCACAUCAGCCUGCAUAAAAUUGAAGAAGCAUCUGAAGUGUUGAAAUGGAAACCUUACACCACCUUCUGAACAAGCUCUUCAUUUUCAACUCGUAUUUCUAGUGAACCAAAACUUGUUGGACUGUAUAAAAAUAUUUUAAAUAUGAAGCUAUGCAUGACUCAUGUAUGAAGGUAUAUUGGCAAAACACCUACACUGUCAGAAAUAAAGGUACUAAACUGUCACUGGGGCAGUUGCCCUCUCGUCACUGGGGUGGUACCCUCAAGGGUACAUCUCAGUACCUUUAGUCAGGAGCAUAAUUGUACCAUAAUCCAUU